AAACAACAAUUUGUUCAAUUCGUGAUAGACUGACAGUGGCAUACCAGAAUGGUUCUCAAACCCCCCGUUAAUCUGACCCAUAAUAAUUAUGACAUCUGAUGUAAACACAUCGUUUGAGCAGCGCUCAGAGCGCUCAGUACAUACCGAUACCGGGAAUAUAAAUAAUGUUACUCAAAAACAUAGUUGGACCUUCAGCAAUGAAAAUGUUAUUACAAUGCUGCGUGAAAAACAUAAUAUGAGAUAUCAAUUAACAUACGGCGAAGAAUUAGAUACAGACCAGAAACUAAAUUAUUUUCUUACACCAGAAGAAGAAAAAAUUUUGUUGAAGAAUUACGAAAUUCACAUGAAAGAGUUUUGUAGAAAGUUUACGCCACCCAUGCCGAAAUGUGUUCAGGGUACAUCUUUUCAUUAUUUUAAAAGAUUUUAUUUGUACAAUUCUACAAUGGAUUAUCAUCCGAGAGAUAUUUUAGCAACUUGUGUUUACUUAGCUUGCAAAGUAGAAGAAUUCAAUGUAUCAAUUACUCAGUUUGUUCAUAAUAUUAAGGGUGACCAAGCAAAAGCAGAAAGCAUUAUACUACAAAAUGAACUGUUAUUGAUGCAACAACUGAAGUAUAAUUUAACAAUACACAAUCCUUUUCGAGCAAUAGAAGGUUUUCUAAUAGAUAUAAAAACCCGUUGUUCUUUACCAAAUCCUGAAAGACUUCGCCCUGGAAUUGAAGACUUUAUAGACAGAACGUUUUUUAGUGAUGUUUGUCUCUUGUACGCACCAUCUCAAAUAGCUCUUGCUGCAGUUUUACAUGCUGCUAGCAAAGAACAAGAAAACCUUGACAGUUAUGUUACCGAUACUUUAUUUAAAAAUGCUGGCAGAGAUAGAUUAGGAGUUAUUAUUGAAGCUGUUAGAACAAUAAGAUCAAUGGUAAAAGUUAUUGAAAUUCCUCCAAAAGAAAAGGUUAAAGCUAUAGAAAAAAAACUGGAAGGAUGCAGAAACCCUGAAUUCAAUCCUGAUAGCGCAGUUUACAAGCAAAAGAUGCAAAGGUUAUACCUAGAUGAUGAUAUGGUAGUGAACUGAUUGUGAUGCAAUGAAGAAAUGUAUAUUAAGCAUUUUUUAUAAGUAAU